AGUCACUCGCCUGUUCAGACUUAGAACAAGAAGAUGACCUCCAGAGUUCUCCUUGGUUGCUUUUUGGCUGUUCUGCUACUUCCAGAUUCAAUCGAUGCCACGUGUGUAUCGGGAGUAGUGUCCAGCGAUUACUGUAAGAAAGACAGUAGCAUAAGGUGUCAGAGUCAAGUGAAGCAUGUACGUUUCAAUCCACCGUUCAGAAAGACUCCAACCGUUAUGGUGGCAAUAUCGCACCUUGAUAUUUGGAAUGGUCAAAAUACUAGGGCGACUACAUACGCUUCCGGCCUCAGCCCCCACGGCUUCAAUGUGAAUAUCAAGACCUGGAGCAACACUCAUAUGUACCGAGUCGAAGUCAACUGGAUGGCAUGUCUCUAAACUUUUUGGAAUACACAUGCAUGCUUAAAUUGAAGAAAAAAUAUAUAAACAGCAGUCGUAUUGCCAACCUCAUUGUUUCGAUUUUUGAUAACAAUCCUAAUAAAAGCAUGCACCACAA